AUGCUGAUCGGUAUCACGGGCCCAAUCUGCUCCGGCAAGCACACAACGGCAGAAUAUCUAGUUCAACACCAUGGAUUUCUACGCCUGCAUCUGCCCACGCCAUCUCAACUACAGCCUGUCAUAGCCCAACACCUAUCAACCACAAAUGGCAGUGACCACUCGAGAGACGAGCCUUUUGCACAUCUCCUCCCGAGUGUCACAGAUCAAAAGGGGACACGAGGCUUGACUUUCCCUGAUGUCGACAGCCUCUUGGAAUUUGUGACCAAACGAUGGCGGGAACAUUGGGUUCUGACGGACAUUUACGACGAAGCCACGCUGGAGCUAUUACUGAGGCGACCAUUUUUCAUGCUACUCAAUGUCGAAGCGCCCGUGGGAGUGAGAUACCAGCGAUUCAGUGAACGCUGCCACCAGCGACGACUUGACCCUCUUCCAUUAACCGACUUCAUCCACUACAACGAUCUCCAGCUAUACGGGACUCAAAAUCACCACGCUUCUGUUCCUGCAGAUUCCCCUGGAACCCCUUCACCGUCAGGUUUCACCUCUGGAAUAAUCCACCUCACAUCGCGAUCGCACCUCCAUCUCGUCAACAUCCACUCGAGCAUCAGAAGCUACUACACGUUUCUCUCGACACUCGACCUCCCAUCUCCCGACCGUCUUCGUCCAACUUGGGACGCAUACUUCAUGACCUUAGCACACCUCGCGUCCCGACGGUCCAACUGCAUGAAACGCCGCGUGGGCUGUGUGCUCGUGCACAACUCCCGCAUAAUCUCGACAGGGUACAACGGCACGCCGCGCAACCUGCGGAACUGCAACGAAGGGGGCUGCGCGCGAUGCAACUCGGCGUCGACAGGCGGGUCGGCCCUCUCGACCUGCCUGUGUCUGCACGCCGAGGAGAACGCGCUCCUGGAGGCCGGCCGCGAACGCAUCCGCGAAGGCUGCAUCCUGUACUGCGACACGUGCCCGUGCCUGACGUGCAGCGUCAAGAUCGCCCAGGUCGGCGUCAAGGAGGUCGUCUACAGCCAGACGUACAACAUGGACGAAGCGAGUCGACGGGUCCUGAGCGAGGCCGGCGUCGGUCUGAGACAGUUUGUGCCGCCGCAGAGUGGUCUCGUCGGAGGGUACAAUUCCAUACCGGCGACAGAAAAUGAGGACGACGACGAUGACCGUGCCUGUGAUGGCCACACGCACAACAAGAACGGUGGAUUGGAGAUGGUGGUUAGAAACGGCGUCUCAACAUAG